CCGGCUAAAAAUCCAGGAGGGAGCGCGCGAGCCGCUUGCAGGCAGCUGCGCGAGGAGGCGAGCUUACGGCACGAGGAGAGCAGAGCUAACAGAAAGUUUGCACGGUUUCCAGUUGUGUUGACGAGAAAUAAACGCUAUUUUACGAUGUCCGGGGACACUAAAGAAACACAGGAGGCCAUGAACGUUUACAGCGUGACGCUCAGCGGGCCGGCGCCGUGGGGUUUCCGACUCCAGGGAGGGAAGGAUUUCAGCAUGCCUCUCACAGUGUCCAGGCUGACUCCCGGAGGAAAGGCAGCUCAGGCUGGAGUUGGAGUCGGAGACAGCGUGGUGUCUAUUGGAGACUCCAAUGCUGAGGAGAUGACACAUGUCGAGGCACAAAACAAGAUCAGAGCAGCAGUGGACUCCCUCUCUUUGACACUCAACAGAGCGUACCCGUCUAGCGGUGGACAGAAGCAGAUGGAGGUUCUUGACAAUAGAGGAGAGGCAUUCUUUGAAGAUUUGUACCACGACACCAAGCACGGUCUGCGGGUGGAGAACAUCCCAUGCUUUAUCCCCAACGAUCGCAGUAAGAAGCGUCUGAUCGAGGACACGCAGGACUGGCAGCCUCGCACCGGCACCACACAGUCCCGCUCCUUCCGCAUCCUAGCCCAGCUCACCGGAACUGACUACAUGCAGGACCCAGAUGAUGAGACCAUGAAAAGGUCCAGCCAUGGAGUGACCCCGUGCCCCAGCAAACCUGCGGCAAAGCCAGAAGGAGCACGAGCUCCUGUAUCUUCCAACACAUCUGGAGGUUCGAGUCGCCCGCCCUGGGUGACUGACCCAAAUUUUGCCGAACGCUAUCGGCCGGACAAGACGAGCACGGUUGUGACCCAGCACAGACAGCCGGCACAGCCCACACCUGAGCAGAACCGCAGCUCCAUCCUCCAGGCCGCUCAGCAGAACCCAGAGCAAGACUCGGGACGCACACCGCUCUGUGCCGCAUGCAACAAGAUCAUCAGAGGUCGCUACGUGGUGGCUCUGGGCCGCUCCUGGCACCCGGAGGAGUUCACGUGCUGUCAGUGCCGAGCCAUGCUCGACGAAGGCGGGUUCUUUGAGGAGAAAGGCUCCGUUUAUUGCACCAAGUGCUACGACAAUCGCUACGCCCCCAACUGCAGCAAGUGCAAGAAGAUAAUCACCGGAGAGAUCAUGCAUGCCCUGAAGAUGACCUACCACGUCCAGUGCUUCGUGUGCGCCGCCUGCAAGAGGCCCAUCAGAAACCAGGCUUUCUACAUGGAAGAGGGCGAGCCUUACUGCGAGAGAGACUAUGAAAAGAUGUUUGGUACUAAAUGUCAUGGCUGUGACUUUAAGAUCGAUGCUGGCGACCGUUUCCUGGAAGCUCUAGGCUACAGUUGGCACGACACGUGCUUCGUCUGUUCGCUUUGCCACAUCAACCUGGAGGGCAAGACGUUCUACUCGAAGAAGGAUAAGCCUUUGUGUAAAGGUCACGCCUUCUCUCCACUUUGAGCAGCACACAGAUCCAGUGGAAUUGAGGCAGGACACAACAUCCUGCGCCAAGGGUUAAUGAAAUCUAGAAACUUCUCUAUAAUAAUGGACUCUUUUUUUUUUUUUUUUUUUUUUUUUUUUUUUUUUUGGAUAUCUGUUAUAAUGAGACUCUCGUCGUUUUGCUUUUAAAUAGAUUUAUAGUAUGAAAUGAUGUUCGUGGGUUUUCUCCCGACAGAGAUGAUUAAGCCAGUGGUGAGCCGUGUAGCCAGGAAAUGUCAGCCAUUUUCAACAUGCGGAGGUAAACCCUUCACCGUCCCGGCAGCACAGGAUAGCAGAUCAUCCCUGUCGAUAUUUAUUUAGGAAAUUUCAACUUGAGCAGUGUUGCUUGUUAAUAGUGAACAGUUACCUGAUGCAAAUUCCAGGCUAAAUAACAACACUGGCUUUCCUUUCUCUCUCUCUCCCUCUCUGAUUAGCUUCUCUUUCUAACACACACAAGCAGAGGAAUAUCUAAAUCCUACAUUAAUGUUAUUCAUCAGAGAAAGCACACUCAGCUCACAUUAGGUCUGGAAUGCUCUUGCCCCGGCCCUAGGUGUGACAUCAUCCUAAGGCUCCAUCAGCGUAGGCCUGUACGUCCCUAGACAACCUCCUCCAUCCCUGUGUGCCGUGGUACUUAAAGUAAUGGCAAAACCCACUGAAGAAGAAAAAUGAGCCUCUGGCAGCUGAACAGCACUGCAUUAGCGCUGAUUGCAAGAGGUUCAUAUUGACCCGAGCGACGAUCUUUACGUGCCUCCCAUACCGAGCGUGCCACGGCCGACUCCUCUAAUCCGACAGGUACCUCUAAUUAACGAAAGGCUUAGGGGCAGCGUGAGCUGAGCUCAUUUUCCGAGCAUGAAUUUCAAUUUUUUAUUUUUUUUUUAAUUUUAAACCCAAAAGGCUCGUGCUGAUCAAAGAAACCGAUCGACGACGUGUUGCCUGUGUCAGAGAGAGAGCUCGGUGCCUCUGAUGCUCAUUUCUCAUCUUUUAACAUCUCUGGGAUCUUGCUAACACGUGACUGGUGUGGGUUAGGUGGACAUGCCGGUCAUUAGCGUCUCCGUCGUCGUGGUGCUCCGUCUCAGUCCUACAAGCCUCCCCUUGGCUCUAGCACCUGAGUCGACUAAUUCCAAGGUCAUUAAAGGAAACGUUUUCAGCGGAAUCUCUAUCCACUGCAUCUGUAGUGCAUUUCAGUAUGUUUCCCUGUGCAGAGAAAACUAUAAAAAGUGUGCUAGAAGAAUUACAGAUCUUUUAAUAAGACACACAUGAUGGAGGAGGAGGAGCAUCAGACGUUUUGGUCAGCCAGGAUCUGAUUAAAAAAUCAAAUUAAUUAAACGUAUGUCCAUUUCACUCAGACAUGCAGCUGUCCUUCUCCUUGCUCAAAAUGAUCUUUACAAAGAAAAUUAUUAUGAAAAAUGCGUGUUUUGGCUAAAUUUCAGACGGGAUGAGAUUUCUAUGACCGUUACACACAAAUAAACAAAUAUUUUACACACACAAUUUUUUAUUUAUUGUGUGUAUUGAUAGAAUUCAUCAAGUUAAUUUCCAUCAUAAAUUAGUUUUAUUAAUUGGAGGGUUUUUUUUUUUUUUUAAUUUAUAAGGAUAAAGAAAUGUCCAAUUUUUUCAUCUGAAACACUACAAAUGCACUAGAUUGAGUUUUUUAAUGCCCCAGCCAUAAGCCGAUCACUUAACGGUGUGGGGCUUGUUUAGCUUCACUCACAGUCUCGGAGGAAUCACCCUCCACAGGUCCUAUGUCUCGGCCUUUAAUAUUGAGCCGUGUCAUUUCCUGUAUAUAUCUAUUCUUGUAUUAGACAAUAACGUCAUCACAGAGAGCACAUCUGUCCUUUAACCCGGUCUCGGAGGAUUAUCGAGCGCUUCUCUUACUCGAACACAAUCAGCUAAAUUACAAGCUCUUAAUGAAUCAGCAGAUGUGUAAGUGUAGAAGGGUUUCACUGCAGCGGGGGUUAGAAGCCGAGCUUUUACUCCUGACUCAUAGACAUUAGACUGGGAGAACACAUGAGAGUUUGUGUGCAAAAACCCCACCCUGAGUUCAGAUGGUGAUCUUCGCAGUGUGUUAAUGAUGCAGAAGAGACCUUCCAGAAUGUGUUACAGCUACACAAAAGGGCAUUGUGGGUAAUGUAGGACAUCUGCAAGUUGGAUUUAAACCUUCUGAUAUCCAGAAGUCUCAGAAGAUCCUUUAUCUCGUCCCAGAACCAUCAGAGGUUCCUCUGCCAUGUUCUCGUCACUGCAGGAUCAGGUCUCUGUUCACUAACAUGCUCUGUAUCACUAAUCAGCUCCUUUAGGUAAUUACACAAGCUAACACCUGUGUGUGUGUGGAGAUGUGAGGCUUAAAUACUGCUGCUGCUUUCUAAACUCAGUCAUAGCUGGAUAAAUGUGUAGUCGCUGCUCUGUUUUAGUAUCCAGACGUCUUCCUCCUGUGCUGCUGCUCCUGCUGCCGCUGUGAGAUUAUAGAUUACACACCUAGAUCACGUGAGAUUACACGCCUGGAUCACGUGAGAUUAAGCUCGGAAUUUCUCCAUCACUCCAAAACGUUUUUUUUGUAUUGAAAGUAUUUGAUGUAUAGCUUUGCACCUCCACAUAUCACCUUCUUUGUAUCCAAAAAAAACGGAAAACUGCUGUAUUCUUUCUCACCUUAUAGAAACAUUUUAUCCGAUUCUUUAAAGCUCAAGAAGAAAAAAAAUAAAUCAUGUUUAUUAUAUGUUAAUAAAGAAAGAAAGGAAAAAAAACAAACAAACCCAAACACAUGCUAGAAAA